CAUGCACGAGGUGUACAUGAACGCACCAUCCAGUUGAGACGGGGCAGUGGGAUCGAUCUUUGCGCCUGUGUGGAUCCGACAAGAGACUGCGCACAUGACAUGGACAGCUCAAUAGAAGCGGCCUCUGUGGACCCCACUGCAGCCACCUUUUCACAGGUGGUCUUCACUGAUGUCCCACGCUCUUACCCCACCAACACCGGGGUCACUUGUAACUACACAGUCACCCCCUCUUUUCAUCCCCAUAAUCGGGACUGGGUUGGGAUUUUUAAGGUUGGGUGGAGUUCUGCAAAAGAGUAUCAUACUUUUAUCUGGGUAGAGCCAUGUCAAGAUUCAGCAGGGCAGGAGACACUGAUGAAACAAGCUGUUUUCAAGGAUUACUAUUUGCCCAAAGAUGAUGAGUUCUACCAGUUCUGCUACAUCGACAACACAGGACAAGUGCGAGGUGCCAGCACACCUUUCUGUUUCCUUAACCCCAGUGAUCAAAGUCUGGACAGCAACCCUGAUGAUGACCUCCUAGUGAUUACAACACAGGAACAAGUUGAACAAAGUGUACGGGAAAAGGCUGAACUGAUGAAAGAGCUAGAGAAGAUAAGAGCAGAAAAUGAAACUUUAAAAAGUCAUUUUCUAAAAGAACGACAAGAGGUCGAGAACUGCAAGGGGUUGAACACACAGAAAGAGCAAGAGUGGCGCACCCUAAUCUCGGAAAUGGAUCAAAUCAAGGAAGAAAGAGAUCGACUCAAAAGUGAUGUACAGAAGCAAAAAACAGAAAUGGACAAUUUAAAGGAAAAAUAUGACAAAGCACUGAAAAAAAUUAAAAUGAUGAAGGAGGAACGAGAUAAACUGAAGGACAUCAAUGAAACUCAAAAAUCAGUAAUAUCUGAGCUCAAAACUAAAGAAAAGGAGUUUUUAAGAGCACAAGAUGACCUCCAGCUCUUAAAGGUUGAUCUACAGUGCAGUGAAACAGAGAAACAGAGAAUAAGCACUGAGCUGCAAACGUUGCAAAGCAAAAUUCAACAAUUAAAAGAGGAAAAUCUGGAAAUACAAAGGAAAUCAUAUAAGCAGGAGCAAGUUCAAAAUGGUCCCGUUGAGGACUUGAAGAUAAAGUGCCAGGAGCUUACAGAUGAGCUACAACAGGCUCAUAGAUCAUUGGCAGCAGAGAAGGAAGAGUCCAAAAACCUCAGAAGACAAACAGAGGCUGUAGAGACAGAAAUGACAAAAAUCAAAGAACAGCAGGACAAAAUGGCGGAAUACAGUCAAGAUCUGGAAAGGAGGAAUAACAAAUUGCAGAUUCAGCUAAGGGAGGCCCAUGAAAACAUUGCUGAAAAAGAUGCCUUGAGAGAACAGCAAGAAGAUGGGAUCAAGCUUGACAGACGCGAGAAGGAAGAGCUUGCAAGAGAAAACCAGGCCCUAAAAAACGACAUUGAAGAACUGCGCAGAGCUUUUGCAGAACAUCCACAAAAUGUGUUGGAAAGUGUGUAUGACCAGGUCAGACCUGAACAAAACACACAACAACCAAACAUGGAUGAUGAGCAACUCAAUACAACAGAGAGGUCAAUCCCACCUGAGAACCCAUAUGAAAACACUGUAAACACAGAAAACAUAGAGGAAGAGGAGUGCUUGGUGUGUCGCUACUGCCAGGAGCGUUUCCCAGGAAUCACCCAGAAUGAACUAGAGCAGCACGAGCAGAGCCACCGUGUUUGUCCUUUCUGCACCAUAAUUUGCGAUGAAAUGGGGCAAAGAGAGUUUGAAGACCAUGUAUACGCCCAUGAGUUGUAACAGCAGCAAAGCCAUUACUGCUAUAUUUGUAAAUAUUUUAACCUAAAUUAUGCUAUGGUUGUCUUUUCAUUCCAUAGAAGUGUAUGAUUUUUUUCCCAAAUAAGGACAAUCUAUGAACUACACUGUGGAGUUAGGUUAUUAUGAUAUACACAUUUCUCAUGUAGAGUCAAGCAUGUAGCACUUAUGUAAGAGGUGGAAGUUCAAAGCUAUGCAAUAAUUUCAGCUAUUUGUACCUAUUCAAGAAGUUAUUUUUAUAAAUCACACCAAUCAAAAUAUUGUUGUUUUCUGUCAGCAAAUUAAUCUGCCAUCAAAAUGAGUUUAAGUUUACAUGUUGUAAGUAUAUUAUGUUUAUGGUUAGGAUGCAGCAAACAUCUAUAUGGCUUUUUUAUUAGAAAGAAUUUAGGUUAAACAGUAAUGAUUUAAUAGCAGUG